AUGGAUACAAACAAAUACCCUUUGCCUGAUCAAUUAUCUAUCCCUUACAAUAAAUUAGAUAACUUGAUUUCAUCAAUUGAAUCAAUUCAUCAAAAAUUAUCAAAUCUAGAAAUUAAAGUUGAUAAUCUUACAAAUAUUGUUAAUUCUAUGGCAAAUUGCAAAACCAAAGAAAUAGAUCCAACCGAGAUUUGCUUAUGUGUUGGCAUUAGAGUUCCUCCAGAAGUUAGAAAUCAACUUUGUGAAUUUCGCGAUAAUAUUAAAAAGAAUAAUCAGUUCAAAGAAUACAGACAAGAUGAUGACUUUCAUAUCACAUUACAUUUCUUAGGAAAGGUUGAAAAGUCCAGAAUACCUGAAAUUCAAGAAAUUCUACAAAAAAUUGCCAAUAACUAUUCAGUGUUUGAAAUAUCCCUCGGUAAACCAGGAACAUUAGGAAGCAAUACCAGACCAAAUGUUUUAUUCAUUCAACCCGAUGGCGAUUUCAGAUCAUUAUAUGAUUUAGGAAUGAAAAUAAGAAAGUCAUGCGAUGAAAAAGGAUUCAACACAGAUAAGUUUGAUGAUUAUGAGCCUCAUAUCUCAAUUGCUACAAAUUUCAGAUCAAAUGAAGAUUUUGUUCAAAUUCCACAUGACAUUUAUCCUCCUAAGUUAAGCUUCACUGUCAAUAAAUUUGAAUUGCUCCAAGCAACAAAUUCAAAAGAUGCCAAAUAUUUGACACUUUCAGAAUUCGAAUUAAAAUAA